CUCCCCGCCAACCCGCUUCUUCCCCUUCUGCAUUUUGUCCUGUUGACAUCGCCGCACUUAAACGUCUAAAAGUUUCCUGCUGCAAAUCCAAGCCCUGUCCUACAGCAAAAAAUGAGCAGCCAACCUCCUCUGGUACAUGUGGAGAAGUGGAUAGCUGAAAACCAAAAUGCUUUUCUGCCACCAGUGUGCAACAAGCUCAUGCACUUCUCCCAGGUGCUCAUCAUGUUUGUUGGGGGUCCUAACACUAGGAAGGAUUAUCAUAUAGAGGAAGGGGAGGAGCUGUUCUUCCAGCUAAAGGGAGACAUGUGUCUGAAGGUGAUUGAAAAUGGGAAACACAAGGAUGUACACAUCAAAGAAGGCGAGAUGUUUCUGCUUCCAGCACGAAUCCCCCACUCCCCCCAGAGACAAGCCAACACUGUUGGACUGGUGGUGGAGAGAAGGAGACUGCUGACUGAAACGGACUGCCUGAGGUACUAUGUGGACAACACCACAGACAUCUUAUUCGAGAGAUGGUUCUACUGCGAGGAUCUUGGAACACAAUUAGUUCCAAUAAUCAAAGAAUUUAUGGCAUCAAAGCAGGCCAAGACAGGAAAACCUGAUCCAAACGAAGUCUUCAGAGAGCCUCCGUUCCAGCUGAACACCAUGAAUGUGAUGAAGCCGUUUUCCUUCAAAGACUGGCUUGACAAACAGAGGCCAUCCCUGGCCAAUGGCAGGCCUAUCGACAUCUUUGGAGCCCAAUUUGAGACAGAAGUAAUGCUGUUUGGACCUGGGAUGACAGAUACCUCGAUCCAUCCAGCUGAUGUGUGGAUUUGGCAAAUGGAGGGAUCUUCAAGGGUAACUGUAGCGGAGCAAACCUUUAAUCUGACUUCAGGAGACAGUUUGCUCAUCCCCGAGCAGAGCCAAUACCAGUGGCAGAGGAAUGAGCAGACCGUUGCUUUGUUUGUUGUGCAAAAUCCAGAGCGGAAGAGAACCUAAUUGUCAACUAUAUUUGAGUUAAAUACAGAGAGUGGUGGAAAUAUGUAUUGAACAUAUCAACCUUUUUCUCAGUAAACAUAUUUUUACUAUGCUAUUGACUUGAAACUCACAUUAGAUGUUGGUAAAGGCUCAGGUGUUUCACACAAGCAAAGAAAUCAACACAAAUGAGGGUAUGUGAAGUCAACUAAGAUGAUAUAGGGAAUAAUCAAAAACAUACCUACUGAAGUUUGUUUAUCAUUUAGUAGAAAAGCCUCUUUUUAUAACGCAACUUUUAGAUGGUUCCCGUAUAAAGAAAAGAAAUGAGUCACAUGCAUUGGUCCGGUGAGACUUUGACCCAUUCUGUCACAGAUAUUCUUCAGAUCUUGAAAAUCACCAUCUUCAGAUUCUUAGCAGAGAACUUGCUGGUACAUCUCUCCAAUCAUCUUCCCUUUAAUUAUACGAUGUUUCCUAACACCAUAUGCUCAAAAACAGCCCUACACCAUGAUGUGACGUGCAACUCCUCCUCCAAACAUCGUGGUCUAAUCUGACAAAACUAUAUUUAUUCUCUGAGUAAUUCCUAGGCUUGCUCAAAUGCUCAGCACUAAAACUUCAAACAAGCUUUAGGAGGCCUUUAUCUGCAGCAGUGGAGUCUUACGCAGUGAGUUGAUAGCAUUGUUGUUGUGUGCACCACUUAUUGUUUUUCUAAUUUUCUCCGCAGUUGUUCCUUGAAUUCUGGACAACCCUUCUGAUUAUUUUUAGAUUCUUCAGUCAGAAAUCUUGCAGGGAGCAGCUAUCCGUGGCUGGUUUAUGGGGAAAUUAUGUUAUUUCAACUUCCAGAUUAUGGCCCUAGCGCUUAAUGGAAUAUAGAGAUUUUUAUAAAUACGUUUGUAACCAGUGCUAUUUGUAUGUUUUGCAAAGUUAAGGUUGUGAAGGUCUUGAGAGAGCUUUUUGGUUUGUAUGAUAGCUUAGUAAUCAGAAACCUUAUUAUCGACCAUCAGUUAGGACUAAUUUAUCUCAUAUUCAUUUGGAUUUAAAUUAAUUUAUGGACAUUGGUUUUUAAGGAAGUCUGGUGUGAAUUUCAAAUCAACACCACUAUUAGAUGUACACUGAGAAAAAGUUGACUUGUUUAUUUUGGUGCUGUAUAAUGAAGGAUCACACACAGUAAAUAAUGCAACUUAAUUUUGGUUUGGUGAGUUUAAAGAUUAUUAACAAAAGAAGCACUUAAUACUGAAUCUGCAGUCAGUUUCUAAGCUACUGGAAAUAAAAGUGAUAUUACACAAUG